CCGCCCUUGGCUCGGACCGAGUGACAAACCACCACACACACACAGACACACACACGGGAGUCUCCGCCGCCGCCGUCAGCUGGAAGUCUGGUGCUGUUCGGACUUUUACCCAGAGACGUGUCUUUUAACCCAGAUAGAGAAGCCCCCCCUUCUCCCUGAUCUGGAGCAGAGAGAGUGAGCAGGAACAGAGUGGCUGCAGUUUGCCGUUCGUGGUUGCCCAGCAAGCUUUAGCCACCAUGGCGGAGUCGUUUAAGAAGGACCUUGAAAAGUACAAGGAUAUCGAUGAAGACGAAAUCCUCGGCAAGCUGUCGGAGGAGGAGCUCAAACAGCUGGAGUCGGUCCUGGAGGAGGUGGAUCCUGAGAACGCCCUCCUUCCAGCCGGUUUACGGCAGAAAGAUCAGACCGACAAGACGGCUACCGGACCGUUCAACAGGGAGCGACUGCUGAAAUACCUGGAGAAGGAGGCCAUGGAGUACAAGGACAGAGACGACAUCGUGCCCUUCACUGGGGAGAGAAAAGGUAAAGCCUUUGUUCCAAAGCAGAAGCCAAAGGAACUUUUCCAGGACGAAGUCACGGUCCUUGAUCCUGAAUUAGAAGAAGCUCUCUGCAGUGCCUCAGACACAGAGUUGUGCGAUUUAGCAGCUAUUCUGGGUGUUCACACGCUGGUCACCAGUAAUCAGACGUUUGAUGGAACUGGAAGUAAAGAAGGCUACAACAAUGUGGUCAAAGGUGAGAAGAUGAACCCAGUGUUCGAUGAGCCUCCAAACCCCACUAACGUAGAAGAAACGCUGCAGAGGGUAAAAAGCAACGACGGCUCUUUGACCGAGGUCAACCUCAACAACAUCAAGAACAUUCCCAUCCCCACUCUGAAAGACUUUGCCAAAGCAAUGGAGAGCAACACACACGUCACAAAGUUCAGCCUGGCAGCAACACGGAGCAACGACCCGGUUGCUGUGGCGUUCAGUGACAUGCUGCGAGAAAACAAGACGCUGCGAAGUUUGAACUUGGAGUCCAAUUUCAUCACCGGAGUAGGAGUGAAAGCUUUGGUUGAUGCCCUGAGAGAUAAUGACACGCUCACGGAGAUCAAGAUAGACAACCAGAGGCAGCAGCUGGGCACCUCUGCAGAGAUGGAGAUGGCUAAAAUGUUGGAGGAGAACACCAGCAUCGUGAAGUUCGGCUACCAGUUCACCCAGCAGGGACCUCGGUCCAGGGCGGCCGCAGCCAUCACCAAGAACAACGACCUCGCUCCGCCCCCUGCCAGAGCUGCCGUUGCUCAGUCCGCAGGAGGCGAGUGGAGAGGGACCAGUAGAGACCGAGCGCCGCCUUUCUCCUCCGAGCCGAUGCUCCUGUUCAUCUCAUCGCGUGGAAUCAUUUCAGCCAUCGCCCUGGUCUCAUCUCACUGCGGGGAGGUUUUAGUCCUGUGCCAAACUGCGGGCCAAGCCACGCUCGACCUGAACAAAACGUUAGAGAAGAAGGGGAAUAACUGGAAUCGCCCUCUCCCUGUUCACGUGUUUUCUUACUUUUGUUGUUAAUGUUGUAAAUCUCCUUCAUUUUUAAACGUGUCAUUUCAGCUGCUCUCAUUUUGAGCCUUUAUAUUACCUGUCCAGACUUUUUACGUUUGUUCAUUUUUUUUUUUUUUUUUUUAUACCACGCUAGAAAAACAUGUGAAGUAGUCAUGCACAGUAACAAAUAACAGCUUUGAGGAGAACCCGGCGCCGACAUUUGGAGCCUCGCCGCGUUCCGUUCUGUUCGCAGCUGAGAUCAAAUAAGGAUGCGUAGAAGCGGCAGAGUUAGUCUGAAGUUCCUGCUCACCUCUGACUCUUGGUUCUAACGAAGCAGACCUGCGUGAAUCAGCACGGGCCCGGUGCUUUGCAGGCAGUGCUUUAUUAUUAUAUAUUAUACAUAUAUUAUAGAAGCCUCUUGUAAAGCUGGCUGGACUGGGCCUAGCGUGCUGGAAGUGAAGUUUGUUUAAAAUCUCAUAGAUAACCUCGGCUUAUCCCCUCCUGUAAAAGAUUAUACUGUAAUUAUUGUUUCUUGCUCUAAUCUCAGAUUCUUGUUUUGAUACAGUUGCAAUUUUAAUGUUAGUAUUUUGUUGUUUUGGAUCGAGAAAUAUUACAUAGCUUGGUCAAAAAGGUUUAGAAUCAAGCAGAAGUGGGUUUAUUUAGCAAAACCGUAGAAAAAUGCCAGUUAGAAAAGAUUUUGCUGCUCAAAUAUGCCAAAGACUAACACACAGUGCAGAAUACAACCCGGUUUUAACUCCACGGUGCAGAUUCAAGGGGAAAAAAAGCAAACUAAUAAAAAACCUAAUAAAUAUUCAGACUUUUUUUUUUACAUGAAGCUAUGUCAUUCCCCCCCUUUCAUUUGACCUUUUAUAACAAGAUGUUGGUUUGUUACUUCACUGAGCCAUAAGGAGGACUCAGAGGUUUUGUCUGAAACGUGCUUCUCAGGUUCUAACUGCUUGUAAAGCGUUUCUUUUAAGCGGCAUCUUGCAGAUUAAAGUUUUAACACGAACCCUCCGCUCUUCCCAACACGAGCCACCCCACUCAGUGGAGUUGGGAAUUCAGGUGCAUGGAAUCGGACGUCCUCAGCGCGGCUAACCCCGCUUCAGCUAGUUAACCAGGACUUUAAUGAGGCGUUACUUGAACCUUGUAUAUACUGUUAAUAGGAACAAUAUGCUGGCAUGACGUGCUCACUUGUGAACAUCAAGUUUCUGUUGACCAAAAAAGCUUCAAAGUUCCUUAGGAAAGAAUUUUACCCUCUUUUCUUUUUUUUUUUUUUUUAUAUGUCUGUGCACUUUUUCCAUGUCCACAUCCGCUAGUAUUUUCUCCUGACAGACUCUGUUUUUACAUUCCUUCGUUUUCUGGUGGAAAGGCACCUAAAGUGGAAAACUUUUUUUUUUUUUUUUUUUUCUUCUGCUUGGGCUUGUUAGUAUUUUGUGGCUCAUAGCAAGCAUAUUAACUGUAAAAAAGAAAAUACCAUCUCAAAUUGAAAAUAUGCACACAGAUACAGCUGUGUAUCGCAUAACCACAAACCACUGCCGAAGGUUUUUUUUUUUUUUUUGUUUUGUACCUGAACUCCACAUCCAAAUGUUAACACCAAGAAUGUGUAUUAUAUAAAAACAACAACGUAAGACAGGUUAAAAAGCACUGCUGAAUAUAAAUAUCCUCAACAAUAAAUGUUUAUAUAUACAU